AUGGCACAGAGCGACAGCCAAAUCGACCACCACGUCCCCUACUCGGCAACGGCUACUAGAAGCAACAAACAGCAAUCUGGCUCUGUUCUUGCGUCCAUAUCGUCCACGUUUCUCGGUUUCGGGAGCUCUUCGCGCUCUAGAAGCUACUCUAAUACCUGCUCCGUUUCCUUGGCAACCACUCAAUCAUUUGACACUGUCAGUGACUCCAGCAAAACCAAGCGGCACAGCCAAGCCAAUCAUGCUGCAUGUGCUCAACCGCCUCCUAUGCCGGCCGACCUUGCCACCAACAGCUCAGCAAGGUCGUCGAACUUCCGACCUUUCCCUCAUUUCUUCAACACCAGGCGCCAAUAUCCAACGUCGAUCCCCUUUCACUCUCAAUCAACACCCGCACUCCUCUCAUACUAUCAGCUUGACAUCGCCAAGGAACCCUCUGCAUUACGCCAGACUGGUUGUACCUGCCCCAAUAAGCAGACCCUAGGACCCUGUAUUUUCCACAAGAAGCUGCCCGAUCUUCCAGCCGCUCAAUUGGACGACCCGGCUGGCCCUAUCAAGGAAAAGAAGAAAUCGAGCAGGAUCUCGGUCAUUUCUACAACUGCCUCGAUCCGUUCGUUUGUCGCAUCCAUCAAGAAACCAAGGUCCCGGGCUGCCACCGUCCAGAGCCUUGUUAAGCCCGAUGCACUUUUUGCACGAGAGUCACAGCUGCAAUCUCAGUCCAACACGUCGUUGCCAUUUGUGCAACCCGAGGAAUCAACACAAAGUCAUGGGCUUUCACUGGCAGCGACUCGGUACAGGAACAGGAAGGAGCCUUCGUCUAUCGUUCGUAGCGCUAUAAAGCGGCAUGCUGGAGCAGAUGUACCUUUAGCAGCAAGUCCAAGACUAUCAAAGGACAACUUGGGCUUUCAGCAAGCGAAACGCCAAGCUGUUCACGGACUCAAACAGCGAACGUUUUCCCCGCAUAACCAUAGCUCUCAACAGAGCCUCCCUCGCACUGGCCAGUUGUACUUGCACCCGACGUCGGUCUCGACGCCUUGCCUUGUUUAUCCUGUUCCUUUCACGAAAGCUACCACUAUCAACAAACACACAGCUCGAUCCGUGUCCACCAUCGCCAGAAUCCAGCAAGCCACAGAGUCGACACCAAACCUCAGUCUACAAGGAGGGGCUCAUGUCUCGGCGGUGAAUGCACAUGCUGAAAUAGCUGUCCGCCCACACAUUGCUGGAGUCUCAGCGACUUCACAUCAAGGAGGCGUCAACCUUAUUUCGAGCUCCAACUCAUUCCUUUCGCCUAUUGAACGAUCCCGGUCCUUCAUGUCCCCGCCUUCGCCGGGUCACCGUACUGGACCUUACAACAAAGAGAACGCCACGUUUUUUGAGCCGUUUCGAGCACAUUCCAAAGGUCGCGGUGGAAAAUCGUCAAGCUAUGUCAGCUUUCAUUUUGAUCUCAGUCACCUCGAGAAGGCUGAGCAUGAAGAUGAGUACGACUCGGCCUCGACUACCAAGGUAAAUGUGAGCCGCACAGAGCAGGAUGGCGUCGAUGGAAGCGAUGAUGAUGGCGAUGAAGAUGCGGUGGGCAAUCUUCGGUGUGACUCAAGUUCUCCUCGACCGCUCCCAUCCAUGUCCCUGCUGAACGUGACUCUCAGCUCCACAGACCUCCUCUCAGUUCAUUCCAGAAACAAGGCAACCCUUCCACCUCCACCUCCUCCUCCACCAAGCUCAAGGCCACAGGAGGCUGACCAAGAGGACAACUCCAGCGAUAAAGAUGACGAUCCCUUCCAGACUUUGCACCUACAUCUCAGGAAUGCCGGUCGAUACGCGCCCACUUCAGCUUCAGCAUCAAGUCCGUCGCUCCGUCUUCCAACUCAGCCACAGUCGGACCAUCGGCACCCCCUCAAGCGUCUCUUCGGAUACGGUAAAGACAAGUUGAAAUACCGGAGCCACAACGAGGUUCUAACAAGAGCACGAGAAGAACUAAAUUCGUCGACGGUAUCACUCCCGGCCCUGCUCUCGAGCUUCUUGCCAUCGUCAGCCUCGACUGCGUCACUACCCCUUCACUCAGGUCAGACUACGGAGCCGCGUUUGAUGGGCAGGGGAUCGAAGCCGUCGAGGAACAAGUUGAACUGGAUGUGA